AGGGUCAAGUUCUUCAUCGAGUAAAAUAAAAAGCGUCGAUUUGGUGCAGUCGUCCGUGUCGCGUAUAAAAGGCGAGAAACGAAACCAACUUCCAGACACUUCCAGUUUGCUAGUCGUGAGAAUUAGAUCGUUUACAGUGAUUGCUACUUGAGUGCAGUUUUGUGAAAGUGAAAGAAGAAAAAUGGUUUCGAUUAAGGUCACCCUCGCCUUGGCUUUGGCCUUCGUGGCUGUCGCAAAUGCGGCUCCCGGUGCUCCCGCAGUUUAUGCGGCAGAUUACUAUGCUUAUCCCAAAUACAGCUAUUCUUAUGGAGUUAAGGACGCACUGACGGGUGACCAGAAAUCUGCUCAUGAAACUCGAGACGGAGACGUUGUAAAGGGAAGCUACAGUCUCGUCCAACCUGAUGGCGUGCUCCGAACGGUCAAUUACGUGGCUGGGCCCCACACCGGUUUCCAGGCCGAAGUUGUCAAUUCUGCCCCUGCCGUCCACGCCGUUAAGAAGGUCGUCGCAGCCGCCCCUGUCGCCGCAAUUGCUCCAGUCGCUUACGGGCACGGGCACGGAUAUGCCGCCCCCAUCGCAAAAGCUGUAGCACCACUUGGUUACGGACACGGAUAUGCCGGACACGGAUAUGCCGCAGCACCAAUCGCCGUCGCGAAACCAGCAGCUCUCUCAUACGCUCACGGAAUUGGACCCGUCGUCGGUCACCACGGAGGUUACGCUGCCGCCCCCGUCGCCAACUAUGGUCAUCACGCCGCCUUGGGCUUUGCUGGUGAUUAUGCGGGACACGGCGGACUUGCGCACGGACCAAUCGGAUAUGGUGGACUUGGUCAUGGGGGUUAUGCUCAUGGCGGAUUCUACUAAAAAAAUUGACAUAAUCUUCAGAACUCUGCUGAUGAAUGACAAAUGAAUCUCAUUUUUUUGUACGGAUAAGCUCUUAUCGUCUAUUUCUCUCUGUCCUUUUUUCUGUCUGAUCUCUGUGCCGUAUUCCGCACCAAUUUUAUAAAUAUUUCAUGAAUCCGAUUCUUUUUUCUCGCUAUAUAUUUCCGCACAAGCACUGUAAUUUAUUUGCCAACAAACAAUUUACAAUUACAGCUAAGAUAACGUACUAACUAAUAUUAGUACAAAAUAUUUUUGAUAAUAUUUUGCCACUACUACGUUACAAAUGACUUUGAUACAGAUGCUCCUUCAAAUUUUUAUAAUGCAAUAUGUUAACACGUAAGACAACUUGAAAUAAAAGGGAAAAAAGCUAAAAUAAUUUGUUAACCAAAUUUAA